CUCAUUUUACUACUCAUAGCCAUUAGCUCUAUGCACCCUCCCCUGACGAGGGAGUGGAGAUCAUCUCGAAUCACACUCACGGCGAAUUUUGGGUCUAUGAAUAGUUAGCACCACACAAUCUAAAGCAUUUGGUCAAAAAAAAUAAAAACCGAAACAAAAACCACCAAGACGAGCUAGGUAGCAGUAGACUGGGCAAAAACAAAAAGAAAUGACCAGUGCCAGGUUCGAACUGGCGACCUUUUCGGUGUUAACGAAACGAUAUGACCAACUAAUCCAACCGGCCAGUUGUUGAAGAACACCGACGGGAAAGUGCUAUCUAAGCCUGCCUACUUGGAUCCUGACAGUGGUCACGUGUUUGUUGUAGAAAUUCAGCAGUAUUUUGCCCAUCCAUACCGCCAUCGUCGCCUGCUUGUUUACCAUCAUGUCGCAAGAUGAGUAUGAUACCAUUAAGAAUCUCGCUAUUCAGCAAUCCGUGCUUGAAUAUUACGAUCCUUACAAGGAGCCGAAUGAAAUUACAUCAGUGCCUAAACAGCCCGAGUCGCCCACAAUUCCGGGACCAAAGAGAGAAAAGGAAUCCGUCCAGGAGUAUACUGAUCGAGUUAAUCUCUAUUUAACAGAGAGAAAACUUUAUAAGGUGCUGGAUAUAGACCAUAAGGGGGUCAAUAAAGGGCUAAGUAUCGUUAGCCAAAGGAUUGGGAAAAGCGUGGAUCGCUCACUGUUAUUCUAUUAUUGGAACGAUUCAUCGGUAUAUGAGACGCUUCGAUUACUUCGACAGCGAUAUGAACCGACGGCCGAACAGCGUCGAGAAACAUUGCGGCGGAACUUUCAUGAUGCUCGAAUGGCACCUGCCACGAUGGCUAAUAUCAAGCUAUGGACCGCGAGAUAUGAGAACGCAUUCGAAGCUUGCAAGGCUCUCAAGGUGCUCGAUGUCACGGAAGGAUACGCCAUUGACCAAUUCUUCGAAUGCGUGAAAACCCUAGAACCCGCAUGGGUUGAACGUUGCCACGUAUGGAGUCGGAUACCAAACGCUUCGCUUUCAACAAUCAUAAGCUUAUUUCUUGAACACGUACUAUACAAGAGGUCAUCUGUAAAGUAUCUUGUAUUUUGUCAAAUUUGUCAUUUUACUAUACCAGGAUAUAGUGACAUCGGUAGAGCUUCCUCGGAUCUUAUGCUUGAUAUACCGAAUGAUACUCCUCCAAAACUAUACAUGAUGCAGCCUAUAGCUAAAAACCGACCAAUAAUACAUGACAACAGGAUAGAAAAGACGCAGCCGUUAAUUCAUUAUAAAUUCACAUCCCCACCAUAAAUCGUCUCCGUGAUUCCUAUUCCUCCUCUUCAUCAUCAUCCAUAUCCGUAAUGCGCCGGGCCCCGCCACCACUAGUAGACGCAUGGGUAGACGGAAGCUGCUGCCGCCCUGUCUCGUCGUAACGGCGCUCUUCGACGACGGUCGGACCGCCUAGUUCCUGGUGACCGGAUCGCACGACGCGCGUGCCGUCUGGGUUCGUC